UCACUACUUUUUCACGACCCAUUUUUUCAUUUCAUUCUCCUUUUGUGCAAAGAAACACAUCGAACAGGAAAUUCAUAUUCCAUUUUCAAUAAAACGGGGAAUUAACAUAAAAACAAUUAGAAAUUAAAACAAAAUAAACAAAAAUAGAAAAUUUGUAUUUUUGCCCGUUUGUUUUUCUUGUAUUUGUAACGAGAGACAAAAAGACAAAAUAAUUUGAACAUUUGCGAAGAAAAUGAAUAAUUUAAAGUGGAUGGGCCAUUCGGCCACAAUAUUAGAUAUACAUAAAAAUUUACGAGCCGAUCUGAAGAGUUGUGAAGUUACUCUGGUGGCUAAGGGACACUGUGUUAAGGCUCAUCGUUUUGUUUUAUCCUCCUGCAGUGAUUUGCUACGUUGCCUGCUAACGGAUGUGCCCAUUGGCCAAGAAUGUUGUGUAAUGGUGCCCGAUAUAAAGGGUCACUUGCUAGACAAUGUAUUGGCAUUUAUAUAUUUGGGAGAAUGUUCUCUGUCAUCCACCAAUUUAUCGGAGUUUUUGGAAGCAAUUAAUAUAUUGGGCAUUAAAAGUGCAAUUAGUUUUGAGUGCAAUACGAAUGCUUUACAGACUGCGCAGAAUUCCCAACAAAAUAGUAUUGCGCUGGAUGGUACAAGCACUUCGAUGGCACCGGCAAGUAGUACAUCAUUGGGUAGUAGUCGGCAAGUUGCAGUGUCAGCUGCAGUUGAGGCCACAUUGCAUCAGGAGGAAAUAAUUGAGACACAAAGUGUUAUGCAUACUGAAGCCAACACACCGACCACCAGCAAUAGUGCCACUAAUCCGGGCACAACUCGUGAACUGGAUUUUUUGGAUGUAUAUCAUGAACCUCAACAUAAAAUUACAUAUUCUAUAGAACAUGUUCCCGGUUCAACGGCUGGUAAUGAAUAUAUUUUAACCGAAAACUCAGGCACCUUUACACUAACACACAGCGGCAAGUUGGAAUCUACAUCAUCGCCGGCAGAAUCUUCUAAUAUGGAAGUUACCGAAGAUGAAAACUGUGAGUCUCAUAUUAUAGAAGAAUACAGUAGCGGUGAUGAACCUUUAAUACAAAUUGGUGAAACAGCACAGGAACAUCAUGUUACCGUUGUACAACAGCCGACUCCACAGCAACAUCAUAAUCAGACCAACACAAUACCCAUUUCCAGUACAGCGACAACUACCACCGCCAUAAUACAAGUAAAGCCAAAAAUGAAAUCACUUAAGCUAAAGCAUCAACCAGCAACACAACAGAUUAUAACGAAAAUAGAACAACUUUCGGAGGAUACUCCGCCCGAUGAUCCCAUCUCCAUACUACAAACAUCGAAUGAAAGUUUUGCCCUGCUCAAAGAUGCCAGCAUGAUGUCUACAAGUAAUACUAGUCAUGAGGAGUCAACUGAUUUUUCCCUAAACAAUUCAGGUCCUUCGGCCACCGAGUUGGCCUAUCAGGCCAUGAUUAAUGAAGGCAUGUCCUUGCCAAAGGCUGCAGAUAAAUUUAAUGUUUCGAAGGCUGAACUAUGGCGUCGGGUGCGCAGCACGGGAGUAGAACAGCAAAACAAAUCAAUCAAACUAGAUCCGGACAAGAUAGAUGUUAUAGAACUAGCCAGCAAGGCGGUCAUUAAUGAGGGUCUCUCCCUGCAAAAAGCUGCCAUACGCUAUGACAUUUCAAAAACUGUACUCUGGCGACGAGUACGCAAGCAUCCACAAUAUAUGAAGACUGCCAGGGAAAAUCCCAUCAUAGCCAAGGCUUAUGAACGUUUAAAGUCGGGUGAAUCACUUAAGAGUAUAUCACAAGAUCUCGAUAUACCCAUGUCCACUUUGCAUCGUCAUAAAGUGCGUCUUUCACAAACAGGGCAAUUACCAGAUUUUGUAACCUGUAAGAAACGUGAUAGCAUGUCCAAAGAUGAUCUUAAGCUAAAACUAGCAAAAGCUGUGCAUGCCUGCGUUCAUGAGGGCAUGUCACAAAAUCAUGCCGCCAAUUUGUUUCAAAUUUCCAAAAGUACUUUGUGGCGUCAUUUGCAAAAACGUGUAGCCGAAGCUGAGGCCGCCGAGACAGAGUCAAUGGGCGAUGAUGAUGAAAUUAAGCAGGAGGUGAUACUUUCAUAAAUGCGUUUAAUUUUCUUUGUAUAUAUUAUAUCUUUCACACGAUCUCUAGACAGUUUGAACAUCUAAUACAGCAGUUCAGCAUUUUGAUAUGUAAAAUAAUUUUUUGUUUUAAUUUUUACAAAAUCACUAUUUCUAUUUGAGUUUUAAAACAUCUAAAAUUGUAAAAUGUUUUGGACAAAUUACCAUUCUUUAUUCCGAAGGGAAUAGUUUUUAAUGGUAUUUAACUGAAAAAAGGCUUAAGAACUUUACAAAUAUCCAUUCAUAAUGAUAAAUGUUACUUAUGGAAUUGCAUUUAUUAAGUCCUUUAUUAUUAAUUUAAAUAAAAACUAAUUUUUUAAAAGUGAAAUUUGCAUUCAGCUUAAUGAAUUAAAACGGAAAUGGUGUAAACUGUAUUUCAAAAUACAUACUAAAGACACUUUAAAUAUUAUGUAAACACGUUAAUAUGUAUUAAUUUAUUAUUUUAUUUAAGUCUUCUGUAAAUAACUUCAAUAUUAUUUUUAUAAAUAUGAA